AUGCCAAAACAAAACCGCUCGAAAAAACAGCAAAAAUCGAAGGUUGUCGCAGCAAAGCCAACACCCACAGUCCAACAAAUGUCACAAGAAAUACAACAAGACCAACAACAACACACUGAUCCCGGACAUACACUCCCCCCUUUUAAAAACUUACAAACAGUCAUCGGCGUUCAACAAAACGUUCCUAAUAUUAGACAAGCUCAACUCGCGUUGAACCAAACCGGAAUGCAACAAGCUCCUUUCAUUAACCAAAAGAUGCAUUUACAAUUCGCUCGACCAGGGGGACAACCAGAAGGUGUGAUGCAAUUUCAACAACAAAUGCCGAGGGCAGUCCCAGGUAAUACUCAACAGGUCAAUGCGAAGAAACAACACUUCCAACAAAUGACGCAGAAUAUCCAAAACAUGCAACAGCCAAUGCAGAUGCAACAACAAGGAAUUCAACAGGUGCAGCCACAAAACAUACAACAAGUCCAACUUGGAGCCGUCAAUGUACAACAAGGUGUCCAAGGGGUACAAGGCAUUCAAAUGCAAAAGAAACAGGUGAACCCCAUUAUUCAAGCUCCGAUCCAACAAAUGGACCCAACAAAAAUGGCUCAAUUCAGAACAAUUGGGAUGCAGAUGCAACAACAAGGGGUACAACAACAAAGAGGAGUUGCCCAACAAAUACUAACAAAUGGCGGGAUGGCGGAGAUUAGAAGAGUUAAUGUCCCGUCAAUGGGACAGGGCAAUGGGAUUGUCCAACAGAUGGGACAACAGAUGCAAAUGCAAAACAUUAAUGGCAUGGGACCAUAUGGAAGGACUGUACAGAUUGUAGCACCGAUGGGAAUGGGACAACAACAAAACAUCCAACAACUUCAACCCGGGAUGCAGGCCAUUAUUCAACAAGCCCAACCACAAAAUGCGGGGGAACAACAAACACAACAAUUACAAGCUAAUGUGCAAGGAGGGAUACAAAAAGUUGGACAGAACGGAAUGGUGCAGACCCAAGGGGGGAUACAAUAUCGAACAAUACCACAAAUGAUGCCGGGAAUGACGAUGGGUAACAUGCAACCAUUCCAAUUUGUCCAACAACUUCCACAAGCCCAAAUAAGACAGAUGAUGCAAAAGAUGACGAAGCCGGAAGGCGUGAAGAUGCCACAGAACUUGCCAUCACUCCAACCACAACCUGGCAUGCCACACCAAUUCAAUGGACAACCAAUGAUUAAGCAAGUCAAUAUGCCACAACAAGGGCAAAUGCAACAAGGACAAAGAAUUCAAACUGUUGGUGGCGCUAAUACUAUUGGAGUUAGUCCGAAUAUGGGAAUGUUGAGACAAGUCAACUUCCAAAUGGCAAUGAACCCUGCAUUCAUGGGACAGAUGCAAGGGAAUCCACAGAAUAUCAUUGCUCCAAACAUGCCAACAGGCCAAUUAGUGUUUGCAAACCAAAUCAAAGGUGUGCCAGGGAUGAAUGGAGUUAACGUACAACAAGGCAAUGAGCAAGGCAUUGUUGUGAUUCAACAACAACAACAAAACGCACAAAAACAAGAAUCGCCACAACAAACUGUGAUACCACAAAGCAUGACACCAAAUGUACAACAAACAAUUGCACAAAAUGGGGUCCAAACAAAUCCGAUUCAUUUGAAGUUACAGCCUGGACAAAUGACAGUUGGAGGACAGAUGAGACAGGGACAACAAAUGGUCGGACCACAGUUCAUGCCCCUCAACGCCCCACAUCUGAGACAACAGAAUUUGGUACUUGACCCGAAGAUACUGACGAUGCAGAACCCUCAGAUGGUGCAGAUGAACACCAUGCGUCCCCCACAAUUCCAAACGUCAGCGAGUGUUACACAACCAACAGUUCAUCCUCCAAUGCCCCCAAAAGCUCCAACUCCGUCGACAAAGUCGAAGGCUGGACACUCGAAGAGUGGGAUUAAAGAGGAAGAUAAUGUGAGUCGAGCGGGAAGUGUAGUAUCGAGUGCGACUGGGAGGAAGAAAAAGCGAGAAAACAAAAAGGUAUUAGAAUCACCGCCACGACCUAAUUUAGUCGACGAACACAGAGAAGCGUUGAAAAAAAUGUUUGAGAAUAACACGGAGUCUGUGACGAGUCUUGUGAAAGAACACCCAGCGUAUCCCGAAAUAUUUGAAAAAACGUUACACGAAAUUGCGAAGUACUGCAACGCUAAGGAAUUUUUCAAGUAUCAAUGCGAGAACGACAAAGUUAUUGUGUCCACCGUUGCGAGCGAUGCAUUUGCAUGCGCUAAACUGAUACUUGUGUUCCGCGUUGAUUCGACAUUUGACGAGAGUUUGGGGUUUGUCAAGCCGAUUCUUUCUGAUGGGACCGAGUUUGUCGAUGAGAAAGUAUCGAAGGAAAUGGUGAGGAAGAAAGGGAUGGAACACUUCUUGGAUAUGUUCUUUGAGUAUACGAAAACGAUAGUCCCGAACAUCGAAAACAGUACGACCUCUGUACCUGUGACUGCUGCAUAA